CUCUUCUCUUUCAUCUUUCACUUUCAACUCCCAUUCUAAUCCCACUCAAUCUUUUUUAUCCUUCACAUCGGCUUAAAGAUAUAAACAACAUGGUCAAAGUCGUGGUUUGUGGUGCUGCUGGAGGUAUUGGUCAGCCUUUGUCAUUGUUGUUGAAGCAAUCGGAUCUUAUUUCACACCUGGCAUUGUACGAUAUUGUGAAUGCUAUCGGUGUUGCAGCGGAUCUCUCACAUAUCAACACUGCCUCUAAAGUGACUGGACACGUGGGUGCAGGAGCAUUGGCAGAGGCUCUUCAAGGCGCUCAUACCGUUGUUAUUCCUGCAGGUGUGCCUCGUCGACCAGGCAUGACCCGCGAUGAUCUGUUCAAGGUGAAUGCCAGUAUUGUACGAGAUCUUGCACAAGCAUGCGCAGAGCAUUGCCCCAAGGCCUUUAUUCUCGUGAUUUCGAAUCCCGUUAACUCAACAGUCCCUAUUGUCUGCGAAGUUCUCAAGAAGGCUAACGUAUUUGAUCCUCGAAGAGUCUUUGGAGUGACCACAUUGGACGUGGUGCGUUCUUCACGGUUCGUGCACGAGGUGAAACCUCAGUUUGAGCCUCAUGAGAUUGCCAACCGGAUCACGGUCGUGGGCGGACACAGUGGUGCAACGAUCGUCCCUAUCCUAUCAAAGAUCAAUCAACAGCCUCAUAACCAAUCCAUCUCAUUCACACCAGAGGAAAUCAAGACGUUGACACACCGUAUCCAGUUUGGAGGGGAUGAGGUCGUGAAGGCAAAGGACGGGGCUGGAUCUGCUACACUUUCUAUGGCCUAUGCAGGAGCUCGUUUCACAUUGUCGUUGUUGGAGGCCUCUGUCCGAGGAAAACGAGGAGUGGUCGAGUCAACCUUUGUGCAUCUGCCCGGUAAUCCUGGAUCAGAGUGGAACCAGCGAUUCACCGGACUGGAUUACUUUGCACAGGAUGUGGAGUUGGGUCCUGAUGGUGUGGCCAAAGUCUUGGCCCUCCCAGAGCUCUCAACUGAGGAACAGGCGUUGGUGAAGAUUGCGAUUAAUGAGUUGAAGGGCAAUGUUACCAAGGGUGUUAAAUUCAUCACUGAGCCACAACCUGGUGCUCCUCCUGCUGCCAAGCUUUAAAAGGAUUUAUUGUUGUAAUAGAAUACCCUUCAAUGGGUUGGGAUUGUCCAUGCUUUUCUGCAAACUUUGCCCCUCUCUUUUUUAUUUUAUUUUAUUUUAUUUUUUGUUUUGUAUUAUAUUUUAUUGAAUAAAG